AUGACUGACGAAUCCAUGCUCAGCUUGUUUGAUGCGGACGGCGGGUUUUUGGAUGAGCUGACAGGAGGAGACACUGGGAUUGGAGGUCCAGGGAAUGGGAUGGACUCUUCCAUGCUUGGCCCAAAUACGGGUAUGGGUGGCAUUCCACCUGAUCCGCUGCUCAACACUGGCUACGGUGCAUCUCAUUCUCAAAUGCCUAACCUCUCAGGGAACCAAUUUUCUGGAAUGUCUUACCAAAGUACUGGUGCACAACAGCAGUUUUCAUCAGAGAACUUUGCUACACCCCAGUAUAAUGAACAGCAACAGGGAAUCCAUCAGAUGGGCAGUGUGGCUAUGCCAGGUAUCAACAAUGGACAAAGGCAACCGAGAAUAAUGAUGCAGAACCAGCAGAUGACAACGCAACCUCCAUUUGGUAGCCAAUCUGCGGGUAGAGGGUUGAUGCAGCAACAGGCGGCUCCAGGUGGUUAUCAAUCAUAUCGAAUGGGUAGUACACCAAUGACGGGACCUCGUCUCCCUAAUCCCCACCAGCGCCAGAUUGGGAUCAAUCAGAACAUAUCACAACAGACCAAUAAUAUGUGGAACAACAGUCAGACUAGUCCUAAUCAAGCAAGUACUUUUAUCCAUCAGCAGAGACCACUGCAGACUCAGCUUCAGCAGACCCCACAACCUCAGCAACCGCAAAUGGCACCGUCACAACUCGGUGAUGGAACCCCUAUGACAACAUACCUCACUCACCAUGACUAUGCCUUACCUAAAUCCUCUUCAAAUAUUGUUCCCCAAGUAAAUGUUAGUCAAUAUCCAAACACUAGUGCAAACCAAGCGGGUGUGUACAAUAUGCAAAGGUUAGCCUCGCCGCCUGGUAAUCAUAAUGUAAUGUCUAAUGUGCCAUUGUCUGCCAGCAGUGCUUUGAAUGCUAUGGGCCAAAUGCAGCAACAGCAGCAUGCCAUCCCACAGGCACAGCCAUCAUUCCAACAACCCAGCAUCAGUACGGCCAACAAUGUGCGGCUUACUUACAGUGCUAGUACACAGAUACAGCCGCAACAGCAACCGUUUCAAGGAAAUUAUGUGCACCAGCGACCUCAAGUGAACUCUGUUGUUCCAACGUCAAACUACCAAACCUUUUCAUUCCAACAGACACAGAAUGCUAUGUCACAAGGGAUUGGAGACACCUCUAGUCGUCUAAACCAUUUCCAGAACACCAGUCCUAAUCAGACCAACACUCUUAUGCCAGGUUUCCCUGGUGUGAACUCUCAGCACGUGACCACACCCUCCCCAAGACCAACCCCACCUCCCAGGCCUACGCCUCCACCCUCCCAUACCCCAGAUGUCACACAUACCUCCCCUACUUCUCAGGGAAAUGCUAGACAGUUACAUCAAUCUCAGAUGGAUCUAAUGUCGCCACCGUCUGGGGGUCAGACCACGCCUACUGCCAGUCCGUACCAUAGCAGUGAGGGUAGUAAUUCCUCAAUGAAUCAAACUCCUAUUAAGUCAAACACUUACGCCCCUGUGGGAAACACUCAGUUACCCUCUGUAGGUAUGAGGACAAGUGUAAAUACCAAUGUCCCAAAUAGACCUUCUGGAGUUGCACCCUCGAGUCCAAAUGUAAAGGGUCUCGGUCAGGGUAUGGUCCCUCAAACUGUGAAUUUAGGUGGUCAGUCUGCAGUGGAUGUAGGUGGACAAUCGGCUAUAUCUAGCAUGAAUAUGAGUGGCCAACAGAAUGUGAAUAUAAAUGGACAGACUAAUAUGAAUAUUUCUAAUGUUCAACAAAAUGUGAAUCUGGAAAUUCAGAAUCUACAGCAACAACUUCAGCAGCUGCAUAACAUGCCACAGACCAACCAAACUCAACAGGGUAUGCUGGAUCUGCAGGAACGAAUUCGUACACUGCGUGCUAAACAAGAAUUAACACAUCAAAGGCAAAAGCAGAUGCAACAACAACAACAACAGAUGCAGCAACAUAUUCCAAAUUCAAAUAUGGUUUCCCAGCAACAACAUCAGCCAGUUCAGCAUAAUCAACAACAACUUGUGUUUCAAAUUCCAAAUCUACAACAGCAACAACAACAGCAGCAGCAACAACCAGACAAUCAACAGAAAGUCAUUCAUCUGCAGUCGAGUGUCAGUGGUACAGGUGUAAGACAAUCAUUCAUUCAAAUCCAACGUCCAAACUUGCCCAAUCAGUCGCAAAAUCAACAGCAACAGAAGAUUGUUAUCGUCAGUUCUCAGCCAGGGGGUUCUAUGAGCAUGCUCCAACAGCGUCCUCUCACAACCCAGCCGCAAGGCCAGCAGACAGGGCAGAUUGACCCCUCUCAGGGACAGUUCAACCAAGUGAUGCCCCAACAGACACAGCAGAAUCUACAGGUGAUCAUACAGCCCCAGCAGCAGCAGACUGUGUUACAACAGCAGGGCCCAGUCAUGAUGAGUCCCCCUCAAGUGCCUACUUCCUCUUCUAACAUACCUCAACAGCCCUCACAGGGCAACCUGGCUGCCAUGUCGGGUCCUCUCAUGCAUCAGGCUGCGGCUACAUCUGUACAGCCAACCCCCAAUAUGCCUUCCAAUAUGCCAGUGCUACAGAUCCAGCAGCUGGGCCAGUCCCAGGCUCAACCCAAUUCCCAAGUUCCCCUUGUAGGUUUCCAAACGAUGGACCAAUCCGAGCAUAUGGACACUAGUCAGUUAUCUGGUUCAGUUACUCCAGGUACAACUGGUGGAAAGAGGUCAAAGAAAGCCAAGCAACAACAAGAAAAGGCCAACAGAAUAGUGGCUGAGGCUGUGGCUCGAGCUCAGGCUGCUGGAAACACUGGAUUACCUCCCUUAUUAACCCAGAACCCAGCUAUUCCUUCCACUGUUGGGGAUGUGACAACACCAGAAAUACGAGAUGAGGAUGAGGAUGAAGAGGGAGGUAAGAAAAAGAAGAAAGCAAAACGGAAGAAGAAACCAACUGAGCCGAAGACUCCAAAGACACCUAAAGUAAAAAAAUCUAAAACUCCUCCUGCUUCUGUUGGACCUGCUGAAAAGGUGGAAGUAGACAGUGCUGAUAACAGUGGGGAGCUUAUUGUUGACAUUGAGUCUACAACUACAGCAACUCCAGAAAAGAAGAAAGUCGUCAAGAAAGCAAAAUCAGAAUCCAAACCAAAAUCAUCUGUUAAAAAGAAGAAGAAACCACCAGCUACAUUUAUGAAGUUAAAGAAAAGAAAGAGAGGUGCUUCUUCUGACGGCUCUGAUGUGGAGUUAAAGAUAACACCGCCUCCAUCCCCUGUAGGAGAUGAAGAGGGGCUCCAGAAGCGUCGAUCAGCUAGGAACACCAAGCGAAAGAAGUACAUGGAUGAUGUUGACCUCAACUUAUCAGAUGAUGAUAAUUUAGACAUUGAUGUGGAGGGUAAUGACGGUGCUAUCAUGAAAGCUCUUGAAGUCAAUGCAGAAAAUGCUGUCGAGGAAGAUAACAACAUAGUGGUCGAGAAGAUCCUAGGCAUGAGAAUGCGAGUUAGUGACAAAGACGUGGAUGUGGAGAAUGAAGAUGAGCCUCCAGAAGAGGAAGUGGAGGAGUUCUAUGUCAAGUACAAAAACUUUUCCUAUCUUCACUGUGAAUGGAAGACAGCUGCGGAGAUGUACAGAGAUAAGAGGAUACAUCAGAAGAUCAAACGCUACAAGAUGAAAAAAUUACAGUCUAGCAACUACUUUGCUGAGAUUGAUGAUGAUGAACUCUUCAAUCCUGACUAUGUGGAGGUAGAUAGGGUUUUGGAUACCUCGAUAACAACUGACCCGGCAACAGACGAGAAGACCACUCAUUUUCUGGUCAAGUGGCGAGGACUUCCAUAUGAGGAUGCCACCUGGGAGCUGCAGCAAGAUGUUGACCCUGAGAAAGUUAAAUUUUUCAACCGGUUCAAGGACCCUCCAGACGAAGACGAUAGAGAACCCGUUGAACGCCCGAAAGCCAGCAACUGGAAGAAGAGAGAUGAGACUCUUGUGUACAAGGGAGGUAAUACAGUGCGAGAGUACCAGUUGGAGGGUGUUAACUGGCUCACCUUUGGCUGGUACAAUGGACAAAACUGUAUCCUAGCUGAUGAGAUGGGGCUUGGAAAAACUAUCCAGAGUAUAACAUUCCUCCAUGAAAUAUUCCUUGCUGGGAUAGAAGGGCCUUUCUUAGUCGUUGUUCCACUAUCCACUCUGGGCAACUGGCAGAGAGAAUUUGAAACCUGGACGGACCAGAACGUCAUUGUUUACCAUGGAAGUUCUGUAAGCAGGAGCAUGCUGCAGCAGUAUGAGAUGUACUACCGCGAUGAUAAUGGCAAGAAGAUCCCCAAUGUCUGCAAGUUCCAUUCUCUGAUUACCACAUACGAAUGUAUUAUCUCUGACUGUGAUGUGCUGAGUAGCAUUGACUGGCGCUGCCUCAUAAUAGACGAGGCCCAUCGACUGAAGAACAAGAAUUGUCGACUAAUGGAAGGCCUCCGCAUGUUUGAUUGUGAACAUCGAGUGUUGCUGACCGGAACACCUCUUCAGAACAAUGUUGAAGAACUCUUCAGUCUCCUCAAUUUCCUGGAACCUGAACGGUUUAGCUCCGUCAACAGUUUCAUGGUAGACUUUGGCGAUCUGAAGACGGAUGCUCAAGUAGACAAGCUGAAAGCGCUCCUGAAACCAAUGAUGCUGCGUCGGCUGAAAGAGGAUGUAGAAAAGAACCUUGCAUCUAAAGAGGAGACCAUUGUGGAGGUGGAACUGACCAAUAUACAGAAGAAAUACUACAGAGCAAUCCUAGAGCGGAACUUCAAUUUCUUAUCUAAAGGGACAGGAAGCUCUACCAAUGUACCAAAUCUUCUCAAUACAAUGAUGGAACUCCGCAAAUGUUGUAACCAUCCAUUUCUUGUCAAAGGUGCUGAAGAGAAGAUAGUGAGUGAAAUGAGAGAAAAGUUUGGUGCCACACAGGAAGCAACAUUCCUCUCCAUGGUCAACUCGGCUGGUAAACUUGUCUUGUUGGACAAACUUCUGCCUAAACUCAAACAGAAUGGUCACAAAGUUCUCAUCUUCUCACAGAUGAUAAAAGUCCUUGAUAUCCUGGAAGACUACCUCAUUCAUAGAAAAUAUUUGUAUGAAAGACUUGACGGACGAAUUCGAGGAAAUAUCCGUCAAGAGGCCAUUGACCGCUUUUCCAAGCCGGAAUCUGACCGAUUCGUUUUUCUUCUGUGUACCCGGGCUGGUGGACUGGGAAUCAACUUGACCGCUGCAGACACUGUGGUCAUCUACGAUUCUGACUGGAAUCCCCAGAACGAUUUGCAGGCUCAGGCGCGGUGUCACAGAAUUGGACAAAGUAAAGCAGUGAAGGUGUACCGAUUGAUCACAAGAAAUUCAUAUGAACGUGAAAUGUUUGAUCGUGCUUCUAUGAAAUUGGGCUUGGACAAAGCUGUGCUUCAGUCAAUGGGUGGAGAAAAGAACUCCCCACAAGCUCAGAUGUCUAAGAAGGAGAUCGAGGAACUGCUUAAGAAAGGUGCAUAUGGAGCUUUGAUGGAGGAUGAUAAUGACGGUGAUAAAUUCUGUGAGGAAGAUAUCGACCAGAUUUUACAGCGUCGCACACAGGUCAUACAGAUCGAGUCGGAGGGCAAAGGGUCUAUCUUUGCCAAGGCGAGUUUCUCGAUGACCGGUAACCGAGAAGACAUUGACAUCAAUGAUCCAAACUUCUGGCAAAAAUGGGCAAAGAAAGCGGACUUGGACACAGAUGAGCUGAAAAACAAGAAUGAGCUGAUCAUUCAAGAGCCACGUCAGAGAAAGAAAACAGCUCGUUUCGGUAAUGAUGAGUCCCUGCUUGACAUGUCGGAGCUGGAAUCAAGCUCCAGUAAUACAGAUGAGGAUGAGGAUGCCGGAGAAGUAGGUGGACUACGUGGUCGUGGAGGGCGCAAGAGGCGUCGUGGACGAAACAAGAACAAAGAUGAUGAUGACUUUGAUGGAGAUGACUACAAUGGUGAAGGAUACUCACGGUCGGAAUGCUUUAAAGUGGAAAAACACCUGCUGUUUUAUGGAUGGGGAAGAUGGAAAGAUAUCAUCGGGCAUGGAAAGUUCAAGAGGAGACUGCUGGAGAAAGAUGUGGAAAACAUAUCCAGAGCACUGCUUAUUUACUCGCUGCAACAUUACAAAGGCGAUGACAAGAUCAAGGAGUUCAUCUGGGACCUGGUAUCGCCAUCUAGUGACAGCUCCCUCAAAAACCAUUCAGGAUUAUCUGCCCCUGUUCCAAGAGGCCGCAAGGGAAAGAACAAGAAGAAAGAGGCCCUACAAAACAUGGACCAGUCUUUUGCUCUUGACAAAAACAAGAUAGAUCUUGAUCCUGAGGUUGUGUUGAGAGAUGCUGGUUACCGCCGUCACCUCCACAGACAUGCUAACAAGGUUUUGCUUCGAGUCCGGCUGUUAUAUUACAUCAAACAGGAGAUCAUAGGAGAGGAAGCAGAGAAAGUGUUCCAAGGCAUAAAUCCAAAUGAGAUAGACAUUCCACAGCCUAAUGCUGACGGUGAACCUCCAACUGCCUGGUGGGAUGAUGAGGCUGAUAGAUGUCUCCUUAUAGGAGUGUUUAAGCAUGGUUAUGAAAAAUUUAAUGCCAUCCGGUCAGACCCGAGUCUAUGUUUCCUGUCGAGAUGUGGACCACCAGAUGGUGCUGCCUUAGCCGCUGAACAAAAUGAUGACGAUGAUGACCUGGACGACACUCAGGGAACAAGCAGUAUGUCUAAAGUGUUAGAUACACCAGAUGAAGGAUCAGUAAGCUCCAUGUCAGAUGCUCUCAGUAAAAAAGGACCUGCUGUGGGGUCAUUAGCCUUAGUACCUGAACCAGAGGGAGACAAACUUCCUUGGCCGACACCUUCUGACCUCAACACAAGACUUCGACGGAUGAUCACAGGUUAUCAACGCAAUCACAAACGCCAGCUAGUGAAGAAUGCUCAGAAAGUGAAGCAACUCCAGAAGCGAGAUCGACUAGAGCAGGCUAUCAAGGAAAGGGAGUCACAGCGUCGACAGUUCCAACAGUGUCGCUGGUCUCGGCGUGAGGAAGCAGACUUCUAUCGUGUGAUAUCAAGUUAUGGUGUGGAGUUUAACCUGACCACAGGCAGAUACAAGUGGGACAGGUUCAGAGCUCUCGCUCGCUUAGAGAAGAAAUAUGAUGAAACACUCACAGAAUACUUCCAAGCUUUUUACCACAUGUGUAUGAGAGUCUGCAAAAAAUUCAAAAAUGAUGAUGAUGGUAUUUGUGUUUCAGCCUUGCCCCCAAACAACAUCUACGUUGAGCCAAUCACAGAGGAAAGAGCAAGCCGAUGUCUUGCCAGAAUAGACCUGCUAAAUAGGAUCCGUACAGAUGUGCUGCCCCAUCCAAAGUUUGAGGAGAGGGUGAAGUUGUGUCAGUCAUCCUACGACCUGCCAUCCUGGUGGAUUCCUGGCAAACAUGACCGUGACCUUGUCAUUGGGGCUUCCAGACAUGGCGUUGUGCGGACAGAUUAUAACAUUCUGUAUGAUUCAAACCUGUCAUUCAAAGAUGUGGUGAAGAAAGGGAUCUAUAUGACUGAGUCCCCUGUUCCUCAAACAGUUACAAAAGAAAAAGAUACAGAAGGUGAGAGUCCUGUGAAGAAAGAAGAUUCAGAAUUAGAGGUGAAGGAGGACGAUCUGAAAAUUGAGAAAGUUGAAGAAGACAUGGAAACAACGGAAAUUAAAGAAGCUUCUAAUGGGGUCAAAACAGAGGAACCGUCUGAAACUGAGAUAAAGGAGGAAGUGAAAGAGGUGAAGGAAGAAAAGGAAGAAGAACAAGAUCAACAGGAUAUUUCUAAGGAUCAGGAAAGUAUGGAGAUUGAAGAAACAGGAGAUGAGGAGAUCAAACAGGAAGCAGAAGAGGAAAUGGAGGUGAAGACAGAAACUGCAAUAACGAAGACUGAGGAAAAUGAUGACACUGAAGAGAAACCGGAAAUAGUAAAGGAAGAAGACAAAGGAGAGGUAGAGGUUAAGACAGAAGAAGAGGAGAAAAAGCCUGUAGAAAAUGGUCAUCUAGAAGACGAAGAGGAGGAAGAGGAAAGGAAACCUGUAGAUCUUGAAGUGAAAGUUGAGGAACAGAAGGAGCCCAAGGUCCUGAGUGAUACAGAAAUGGUCCGUAAGGUGAUAGAGGCAGUGAAGGAGCGACGAGAGGACCAGCUGAUGGACAAAAGGUUCUCUAGGGAAGAUGAGGAGCUACAGAAGUUCAUGAUUCAUGAGGACUUUGAUCCUGAACUCCCUCCAGGAGAAUUCAAUGCACUUGGAGUUUCUCUAAAUUGGCCAAAGGAUCGUGUAGUGUUUCAUCGCUUAGAACACAUCUGUUACUGUGUGGAACAAGGGGAAUGGCCUUUCCCUAAGAGAAUGAACCCUCUGACAGACUCUCGUAGUGGCACCCCCAUCGGCUCGCUGACACCAAAGGAAGAUGCGGACUUGAGUCACUCGGAUGCCGGCGACUCAGUGUAUGAUGGAGUGAAGGUGAUGAAUGUGGGCGUAGAUAGAUUAGAUAAGGACUUUGAAGUUGAGAUGACAGAGGGAGAUGGUUUGAAGAUGACAUUCCACCGACGAGCUGCAGCACAGAGGAAGUAUGAAAUGGAAUUAGAACGAGAAAGAGAAAGGGAUGUGGGAGGCCGUGUUCAACAGAUACUCAACCAAAAUCUGCAGUCAACAGCCUCAAGUGAUGACAGCCAGUCUGACAUGACACCUCGUUCUCAGGUACUCGGUCAUUCACCCCGCCAAUCACCUCAUCAAUACUACUAUCCACAGACUCCUGCUGACCUGAUGACCAAUGGAGGGCCAGAGUUUGACCCAGUUCUGUUGAAAAGGAGUUUGAUGGAGCAUGCUUUAAUGUUCCCUGAGAGAAGACGGAGAGGUCGGAAGAGGAAAGCGGAAAAAAUGGCAGAAAUUGCUAUGGCUGAAGCUCUGGCAAGAAGAAGUCAGGCGCGAGCCUUGGUCAACAUAGAAUGUGAAGCUCGCGUUCCUGUGAUAAACCUUGAAGAUGGUAGCCGUCUGUCUGGGGAUGAAGCUCCACUUAAAAAAGACUUGGACAAAUGGUUAGACCGUCAUCCCGGGUAUAUGGUGGACCGUCCAGGUGAAAUGGAAGAUGUCGAGGACUUCUCCGAGAUGGCAGCAUUGCAGCGGUUACAGCAGGAAACUCCAGAGAGAAGGAGAGGACGACGACCUCGAGUGGACCCUGCCAUGCUGGAUCCCAAUAAAUUAACUGGAGAUGAAAAUGUGUCUGUUAUUCACAGACUGACAGGGAAAAAGAUAACUGGUGCUAAAGCUCCCCCUUUGAAAUACCUAGCAGAAUGGUUGGAGCAAAAUCCCUUCUUUGAUGUUGACUCAAAGUGGACAGACCUAGUCAAAGCUAAGGGCAAGCUUCCCAAAUCCUUAUUGUCUCGUGUGAUCACACCUUCAGAGAAGAGAGGGCGUGGAAGACCACGUGAAAAUCUUCUGUCACAGUCAGUUCUAGCCGGAGAAAACCCAUUCACAUCCAUGGCAGGAUUUUCUGGGAUAAAUUCUCCCAGUAUGAUGACUGGGUUUCACAAACUACCUCUGGGGAUGCCCUUCGGGUCACUACCCCCUCUUGGAAUGGCCAAUCCAAUGCUUGGCUUGGCUGGCUUUAUGCCUGGAUUAGCUACCUCAUCACUAACUAAAGAGUUUGAAUCUUCUUCUAAGAAAGAUAACUCUCCAAAUAAAAAGGACAAGUCAGAUUUGAAAUCUGCAUCAAGUAGUACCCCCACACCCCACCCAUCAUUCCCAAACCUUAUGUACAAUCCGCUCAUGUUUAACCCCCUGUUAGCAGCCCAGGCACAGCACCUUGGCUUCUCCCUUCCCACCAGUCUCCCCACCUCCUUUGCCUCGCUGGCCGCUCAGUCAGCCAUAAUGAAUGGCCAGGGAGGGGAUUCAGAUCUGGAAGAGGGAGAGAUUAAACGUUACCCUACGAAACAGCAUCAGGAUAUGGCACAGGAUUUAUCAGUUAAAAAGAACUCUGAGCCUUCACCCAAACGCCAACGAGAGGACAGAGAAAAAUCCUCGAAUUCUAAGGUGCAGAUUGAUCAGGAACAACCAUGUGAUCUUUCAAUGAAAGUCAAACCCAAGGAACAUUCGUCUCAUAAAGAACAGUCAAGGGUACAACAGAAAGAGCUUAAUAAAUUACCUCACAAAGAGCACCACAAAGUACCUCAUAAAGAGCACCAAGGCAAGGAACAGUCGCGGGAACAUCACAAAUCACACCACAAGGAACACCAUCGAGAUCACCAUAAAGAGUUGCACCAUAAGGAACACAGAGAAUCACAUCACAAGGAACAGCAAAAGGAAUCACCUCACAAGGAACCACAUCACAAAGAUAUUGAUAAGGAACUAGCUUUAGAACUGUCUCAAAAAGAUACCAAAGAUUUCACAAAAGUAAAGACUAAAAUACAAAGUUCAUUUAAACUGAGCAGGAUUGUGGACUCUUUGAAAGACAAAGUGAAAAAAAUGGAAGAUAAAGGAAAGACAAAAAAGUCCAAACUUGACAGUAUUGUGUGUAAACUUGGUUCAAAGACGGAUGGAGAUGAAGAAAACAGUCAAUCAAGCAUGACUCACGAAGGUAGGGAUGAGGAAGCCAGUAUAACCACUAGUGUGGAAGGUAUGGAGGAGGUGGGGCCAGACCCAGAGGAGGCGGGGCCUGGUGUAGAGAGCCUGGAGCCUGAGCCAGAGGAGGCUGGGCUUGAGAAGGAGAGCCCUGAGGAGUUUGGGUCUGAAGUAGCAACCAACGAGACUGAGAACAGUGAAAUGGCUGACAAUUCAGCAGGUAUCACUGAAGACGAUGAGAAGUGUGGUGGGGAGGAAGAGGAGGCUGUUGCUGACUCUUGAUGUGUUGUCUCAUUCAGUCAUUGUAGUGCAAUACACCACAAACCUCCUACCACGCUGUGUAAUUGUGAGUUAGUGUAUAGCUCCCUCACCAGUGUGACUGUGUAUACAAGUGUGUGUGAUAUACUGUGAUUAGAUAUCAGAUGUGUUGUGAAAAUUGUCAUUUCUCACCUGGUCUAUUGUUAUUCCCAUGUGUGGUUUCAGACAUUUUCAGGAUAUUUUCUUUUUCCAAUUACGGAUUUUUUGGUGAAAAGUGCAUAUCAGUGAACUGGUAUAUUUUUUGUGUUCCCACUGGACCAGUACUGGUAGACUGAUAGCUCUGUCUUGGGUUACCAAAUUACUCAACAUACCAACAGUGGAUCACUAUUCCUCUAGGAUUUCAGGCCAGAUUUGUUUGUCCAAUGUAAAAUUCCUUUUGCUCACCGAUGAUUGAUUUUGCGUUUGAUACGUUUUGUAAAUAUCAAGUCAGAAUUUAUUUUGUCUAUAUUACUUUAUAGUUGUUUUGAUUUUUAAUGUUUCCAGCUCUUAAUUUAAAUUUUAAAAAAGAAAGUGCAGGUGACCGGUCAUCAUGGAAAUUGAGUUAGUGUGAUUGUCUGAUGAAGACAACAGAAGCAGAACAGCAUGGAAAUUAAACCUGUACUUUGUAUUUUAGCUAAAGGUAUCAGGAGAUACAUUCAAUAAAAGUAAUUAAUGGAUUUCAUCAAUAGUAUUGUAGUAGUUUAUUGUGAAACAUUGUCAAGAUGGAUCUUGAACAAAGAUAAUUUUGAAGAGCAUUGAUAUUGGAUUUAGAACAAGAUUUGUGUGUUUCUGGUAGAUGGCUGGUUGUACAGUAGGUAUCACACUAAAUAUAUGAUCUCAGCAAGGGUUAUUGGUAGGACAUGUCCCCCCCAGAUCUGACCGCUUGUCUCGCGGGGGACAAGGUCUAAACCAUAUUUCAGGGCUACCCUAGCAUCUUUAGUAUUGAUUUGUCAAUUGUAAACUCUCUUUUAAUUUAUUGUCAACAUGCUUAUAUUAGCAGUCUGAUUCAGCAGGUUGUUUAGCUGAUUAUGUGAUCAUUACGCAUCAGAUUGUAAAAACCAACAUUUGAGCAGAUUGAAGUGCUAAAUCAAAUUUGGAUGCUGCUAGCAUAGGUGUGUUGACAGCCAUUGUAUUGAUGUAUGUUUAGCAUUAGAUUUCAUCCUCAUAAUUUCCUGGUCAGGACUGUGUUGAAGUCUGUUUUCUGAAUCUAACUCGCCAUUAAAUGAUUCGACCACUGAUAUAUCAGCUGAAUUACAGUAAGAAUUUGGAAACAAGUUUCAUUUUACUGAACAAAUUUGAUAUUAUUGUUUGACUAUUCUUCUUUUCUGUAUAACAAUGAUGUAAGAUUACAAAAAAUUGAGUUGAUGACAUUCUAAAAAAAACCCCAAUGUUACAAUCAGAGAAAUUAGAGUUCUUAUUGUAGCAAAAAAGUUUUUACACAAUUGGAGAACAGACUUCAUCACACUUACGUUGGGCCAUCCAUAAGAUGACCACCAUCAUUUCUAUACUUAAACCAUUCAGACUGUACAUUCUGUGCACUGUCCACCAUUUUACGAGAGUUCACUAACCACACCUGUUUAUGGUUUUGGCAAGGAAAUAGCUCAAAGGAAACUUCUGUCAUUUGUCCAGAAUAAAAAGCAAGAACUUGCGAAGAAGAUGAAAUAAAACUGUUGUUCCCUUUAUGUUUGAUGUAUUUAGUACAUAUUGAGUGUUAAAAACAAGUCUGAUUAGUGUCAAUGCAAACAGUGUAUAGAAUGUGCAGCACCGUGUCACAGGGACUUGUAGGUUUGAUUUCUUGGAAAUAUACACAGUACAGUGUGAAGUGUGCUAUACUGUACUUCCCAACUCAGAUCAAUUAUCUAGUUAUCAUAUAUAAUCAGCACAAGUUUUAGAGUACCUAGGACUGUCCUUUUUGUGUAACAGGAUCCAGGUAAAAUCUUAUAAUCCAGAUUAUUUUUACUGAGUAAACCUACACGCCCCUGUGUAAUCACGCAUGAAUUGCUCAGUCUCACUCAGGUGUCUAUAUAAAACUAGUCGAGAUGUGAUCACCAUGUCAUACGAAAUGCCAAAUGCAGUGCAAUUCUUUUUGAUUCUGUUACCAAAUUUGAUUCAGAAAAAACCAAUUCCAUUAUUAGUUUUGAAUAUAUUGGGUAAAUAAGUUAAUCACUUAAAUUGAGGUCCCUUGCAUUAAUUAAGCUACAGGUAGCUUAGAUGUAGAAAACCAUUACCACGUGGCAAUGAAAUAGUAUGUUAAGAUAUUAGUGCCUCUGAUAUUUUUUACUUAUUUAAGGUUGUUUUGCCCCUGCGUAACCCUAGCUAUUUACUGCUGUACUGUGUUUGUGUACUAGUGUACAGUGUCUGUGUAUUGUAUUAUGUACAGCAUACAUAUCCAAUUGUAAAUAUCACAUUUCACAAAUUGUUCAUACAUGAAGUCUGAAUUUGAACUUCGACCUCUGGUCAAAAGUUUAACAGAAAGAAUAUAUAUUGAUGACUUAAUAUUUUCCAGAUACCAUGGUUACAUUUUUUUCUCCUUCUCUUAAAUCAAAAUGUUGAUUGUACACAAUGAAGUGGGUGAUGUAAGUUAUUGAAAAUGACCUGAUAAUUUAUAGGUACUGUUAGUCACAUGGUUGCCACAACAUGAGAGGAUUUCCUUCUGUAUUAUCAGUGUGUACUGUAUGGGUGUAUUUAUUGAAAACGACAACAGAUUGUAUGCAUCAUUAUUUUUUAUUAAAAACAUGGAUUUGGU